AGGGACGGCAAGGCCCGUCGAAUAGAGUUGUAGUUUUCAUUCCUAGUUUGAGAUGGGCUCGGUUCGUUCGACGUGAAUCAAUCUCCGGUCCUCCCACUGUCUAUUUUUCUACUUAAAUUCUAAAUGUCGGCUCUCAGACUUCGAUCUUAAAGAAACAAUUUUCGCCUGCGCAUCUCCCGGCCAAACCAAACUCCUCGGUCAAUUGAAAUUAAUUAAACUGAGCUACGAAAAUGGAAGAUACGAGUCAAGACUACCUAACUAAAUACAGGGAAUUCUUCGAAGCUUUAGUUAAAAAUUGUGAUCUAAGCAAUCCCCUUUUAGUAAACAACAUACCCAAGUAUUCCCUGACUCAAUCAGAAAUUUCAGGAGAGAUUCUCCACUGGUGCCUUCGUUAUUUAAGUGAUAGAGAUUGCCCGACCAAUUUAGCAGCACUUCUUUGCCACAAGGCCUAUCUGGAGGUAAUUGAGCUAUGCAACAAAAGUCCAGACCUGUGCGGCUACAAGUCUCAAGAAGAUGAUUAUAAUUCACUCAAAUUGGUGCAAGUGACAAUAAAAAAAUUGGUUGAGUUGUGCAAAGGCUACAGUGACAAUGCCAUGCUCUCCAUGCUUCCGCCACCUCCCUUAGAUAGACUAUACGACCCAAUUUUAUCAGUUUGUGCUAUAAAAAAUGGAAGGAGGAAAAUGGAAGAUAGGCAUGUCCUUAUUCAGGACCUCCAUGCACUAUUCAACUUAAAAGACUGUGGCUCUGCCAGUUAUUAUGCUGUGUUCGAUGGCCAUAAUGGAACAGAUGCAGCAACAUACAGUUGUGCUCAUUUGCACCAGUUCCUUGUCGAGAAUGAAAAUUAUCCACAUUACCCCGAAAAGGCCUUAUCACAAGCAUUUCAACAGACUGAUGAAAGAUUUAUUGAUAAAUCUAAAAAGAAUAUGGUACUAAAUGAUCACUUAGAAAGUGGGACAACUGCUGUAUGUGUUCUUCUGAGGCCUUACGAAAAGAAAUUAUACACUGCCUGGCUUGGUGAUUCUCAAGCAAUACUUGUUUCACGAGGUGGCAAGUUGAAAUGCCUAGUUAACCCUCACAGACCAAGUAGAAAAGAUGAAAGGGAAAGAAUUGAAAGCAUGGGUGGUGAUGUCCUAUGGCUCGGGAUGUACCGAGUGAACGGGUUCCUCGCUGUGUCCAGAGCAAUUGGGGACAAAAAGUACAAACCGUAUGUCACUUCGGAACCAGAUAUUAAAACAAUCAAUUUAGUGGGUGAUGAAGAAUUUCUGGUCAUAGCUUCUGAUGGGCUAUGGGAUUUCAUUAAUCCAGAUGUAAUUAUGAAUGAAGUCUACCAGUACAUUGCUGAAAAAACAGCACCGAUCGAAGACCUUGCGAAACAUUUGGUGCAGCUCGCUAAAAUAUCGAGCGAAGAUAACAUCUCAGUGGUGGUGGUCUUCCUAACCGAUCCCAAUAGCCUGUCGGGUCUGGUCUCUUUGCCUUCUGCUGCGAAGAAACGAAAGACAUGCCCAGUUAGAACAAGAAGAUUGGUAAAGCAUGUCGAGAAGCGUCGGUGUGAAAAAGGGAUGGACGACGUGAAAAUUUCCGUUCGUUGGCCCCACGACCACGUUAACCAGCACAACGGGAGCGAAGCGACACAUUUCACCGAGCAGGACAUGGGUCCGGAGACGGACGUCGAUGCCGCGGACGACAUGAUGGUCCCUCCGAUCGUCAGGGCCAAAGCUCUUGUCGACCAAGCGAACACGAUGGAAUCUUGGAUUCCGAAGCAGAAGCUCGGAGCGUCCGAACAAAAUUGGCUCAAGUCACUCCCGUGGUCCUACGCCGAGGUGGUGAAAAACUCCCCUCCUAAAAAGGAAGCCGUUCAAAAUGAUAGCAAUGAUGUCGCCAAGGCUGCACUGGACAAGGAAGUGACCGAACCCUUGGACCAGCCGAAAGAGGAAUUGGAAAAGACCGACGAGAAGACGGAUGAAAAACCUGAAAUCGAAAAUAAGGAGGGAAAGAAAAAAGCCAACGAGGCGAAUAAUGAUGUAGCCGACGGAGAAGUCGAGAGCGAAGAAGAAUCGGAAGAAGAGUGGAAUUACACACCUGGGAAGGAAAACAAAGGUUCUUCGUCUGAACAGAAUUUAGAUGAACAAGACAUGUCACAGCUGAACCCAAAUGCGGCUGAAUUCGUCCCAAUUUUCAACUCGGUUAAGGAGACGGUUCUCGCCUCUUCGCCGAUGAAGGGAGCCGAACAGAAUCUUGAAAAUAUUAAAUUACCAUCCAAAGAAGAGUUUUAUUUAGAGAUCUCGCAGAGGCCCGGUGAUCUCGACAGCUUAAGUAAUGAGAGAGCAGAGCAUGUGAAAGAUGAUUCUUUAAAUUGUGUAGACUUGACAUUGGCUUCAACAAAAGUUGAAGUCGGAGAUGAGUCCUUUGAGGGUUUCGAUCUUUCCGGGGAAAAUGUCAAAGAAGCCACCUCGAUGCCGUUGAAUGAGACAAACCCAUUCUCUCAAGAUAAAAUCCAAGAAGAAAUGGUUCAGGAUCAUUUCGACGUUACUGAUUUUAACUUCAAGACUUUAGAACCUAAACAGUCGGUUGUUGACGAUGACAACUUGACAACUAAAGCACCUGCAUUCAGCCUUGAAUUCCUCUCGGAUAAGCCAGAUAUUUUGUCCCCGAUUGAAUUGAAUCCAGCUCACACAAAUCUAGACCAUCAUACGAGUUCUUCAGGCUUUGAUUCUGAAAGUGGAAAUGAUGAACCAGAUUUGACAUCUACAGAUAAAUGUGAUCUAGUCUCAGGAAUUUCAUUUAUGAAUGAUUGUGAAUUGGAGAAAAACGUAGUCGCUGAUGAAGGAGCUCCCCUUUCUGAAGGAACAGAUAGCCCAGCGAUGUCUUCCCCAGUAGUCAAUGAAAAAGAGAUUGACUCUUCAGAAAAUAAGAAGCUUGAAGAAGUCAGUAAUGAAACUGUACCGAUGAACAAUGACUUAAUGAACAGUAUAUAUGAUACUGUAGGUUCUGCGUUUUCCGAAGGUGUUGAGCAUCCUGACUUAUUAAUGAAAGAAACAGAUCUUACAAAUGGGCUGGUUAACGAGGUGUCCUCUCCACAGGAAUCUGCUACUUGUUUCAGCGAUUUAAAAGACGAACUAACCCUAGCCCCUGAGCCCGAACAAACUGUACCAGAAGAAAAAGAACAUAUGCAUAAAAAUCCUUUUGCAUUUGAUAUGGCUGAAAAUCUGCAGACCAUGAUUCCAGAUAAUUCUCUGGACGUUAUGGAACAGAGUGUGAAGGAAGAAAGUGUUCCUAAAGAAAAAGAACUUCAUGUCGACAGUUUGCAAACAGUUGAUUUCGUUCAAGAUUUGUGCUUCAGUGAAUGUAUCACUGUUAAAUCAAAUGAUUCUCAUUCAGAAAAUGAUGGGUUCGAAUUAAUAAACACCGAAGAAGAUUCGUCUGGGAUGAAACAACUAAAUGGUGUUCCUGAACCAAAUGUUAAUUUAGAAGCGUCCAACCCCGAUCAAAAUAAUGAUUCUGUAACUGAAAACUUGAUUGAGAAUGUUACUCCCACUUUAGAAAUUAAUCAGAGCCUAAUCCCUGGGGACAUGCUUGGCUCUUUUGAACACAUAGAAAAAUGUGAAGUAAAUACUUUGCAUAUGUCAGGCGAUUUGAUGGAAACAGUCACUGAAGAAAGUGAACACGAAUUAAGCAACCUUGAGAAAGUUGUAAAUGAUUUAGUUCAAACUGAAGUUGGACAUGUCAGCCUUGAGGAAAUUAAAUCCGAAAACACAAAUGAGGAAAACCUUUUGCUUGAUGAAAUAAAUACUGAAAGCAAAAAUGUAGAAAACGUUUUGCUUGAUGAAAUAAAAACUGAAAGCAAAAAUGUAGAAAACGUUUUGCUUGAUGAAAUACAAUUGGAAAGCCCAAAUGUAGAAAACAAUGUUAAGCUUGAUGAUACCAAAUCUGAAAGCACAAAUGUAGAAAACAAUGUUUUGCUUGAUGAAAUCAAAUCUGAAAGCACAAACAUUGAAAACAAGCUUAUGCUUGAUGAAAUCAAAUCAGAAAGCACAACUAUAGAAAACAAUCUUAUGCUUGAUGAAAUCAAACCUGAAAACACACAUGUAGAAAGUUCAGUUGAAAUUCCUUUAGAAGAAGUACAAAAAGUUAAAGAACAGCAUGAGGAUGCAAGUCACACAGUUGUUGAACAAGUACCCAAAUUUGAAGAUAGCUUUUCACCAGUUGUUGAAGAAACUAAAAACGAUUUGGUUUCUGAGAGCCAGCCUGAGGUACCAGCUGUAGUAUCGCCUGAAUUAGAAUGUAUAAACGUUGAUGUCGAUAGCAUACAGAAAUUUGAAAAUGAAAUCGCAGUGACAACGCCACCAACAACGCCUGCCCCGGGUCUUGCUGAGGAAAAUAAAGAAGGCCUCAUUGCUGCUGCUGUUGCUGCAGCAGGUGCAGCAGCAGUAGUUGCUGCAACAAGCCAGCCAUCAAAAACUGAGGAUAAGACUUCUGUAAAGAAAACAACUGCUGUUGGUGCAAAGAAGCCGGAAGUGAAAACAACUGCAAAGACAGCUACAACAGCGAAAACAACUGCAAGGCCAACGACAACUACGCUUGCAGCCAAAAAGCCAGCUGCAGCUACCGCUAAAGCUCCAGCAAGGCCGACAACAACCUCUGCAAAACCAGCGGCUCCUAAACCGUCUACACCCACUUCAAAGGUUGCUUCAAACAAGCCUUCCAGCAAACCAAGUACACCUACAUCAAAAACACCCACAAGCCCAGCUGGCGGUGUGAAAUCUGCCAUUACUAAAACAUCUGUCACUGGAACAACAAAAGCCCCACUGGCAAAAACCGCUGCCCCUGCUGCAGCUAAACCUAAGGUGGCCAGUACUGUUGCCGCAAAACCAGCACCAAAGACAGAGGUGAAGAAGGAAGUUAAAACAGCAGCACCUGCACCCAGACCAUCAUCUGCUAAGCUAACGUCUUCAAGGCCCUCAAGUGCGACAAGUACUACAAAGUCUACUACAGCUAAGCCUCCUACUACAACCACGGCUAAACUGACAUCUACAGCUAAACCAUCCCAAGUGCUGAAAUCAACAACUACAACUAAAGCACCAGUAGCUUCAAAGCCAGCUGUUUCAAAAGUUACAGCAAAACCUUCUUCCACAACAAGUACAUUAAAAACAGCUACCACCAAAACCACAACAACUGCAAAAGCCACAACAACCACAGCUGCUCCAAAACCCGCUCCAGCCACUAAACCUAAAACUGCUGCACCAACAGUGGUCAAGAAGCCAUUGGCAAAUGAUAAAUCGGCAAAAGAAACCACCAAUCUAAAGCUUUCUACCACAAAGACAGCUGUUGCAAAGAAGACAGACAUUAAAGGCAAAUCAAUUGAAAAAAAAGUAGCAAAUGACUCAUUGGCCCAGCAGGUACCUACAGUGACAACAACUAAUGGGCACAAUGGUCUUAUUAAUGGAGUUACAAGUCACGAUGAUUCAUCUCAUGUUGAAAUUAUUGAUGCGCUCAAUUAAAUAAAUGGUUUUAAAUUUUCUGUAGAAGUCUGAUUAUAAAUGUCUACUGUUUUAUAGUAUGUUAAUACUUUAGAAAAAUAAAAAUACUAGUAAUUUUAUAUUAAAAUUUUUAAAAAAAUUAAAAAACCGAAUUUCUACAGAAGUGAAAAAAUAAAGUAUACUCCGGUUCACAAUCUGCUAAAUUGUUGCAUUAUACCUACAUAUUUUUUUUUAAAUCCCGUUGAAAAAACUCAUUUUAUUUUAAACAUGUAUUUUUAAAGAGUUGAAUUUUAUUUUGUAUAGUAAGGAAAGCAUCUUACGGGUGCGAGACUGUUGUUUGUUUAUUGAUUUUAUUUUCUUUUUCUUUCUUUUUUUGCUUAAGUAAGGUAUGGGCUGUGUAAUUUUGUCCUAUCUAAAUAUGAGCUAACAAAAUAUUUAAAGGCAAAAAAAA